AUUCCCCGGCGUGAAGUGUUCUUUGUUUGGAAGAGAGCGAAAACUGCUGCUUCGACGAAGAGACUGAAAACGAACUCUUAUUUUAAUUUUACCAUCGUUUAUAGUCUACUUCCUCUCAUUCGUCUUCUUUUCAUGCCCUAGAUCUUGAAAUCAAAUCAAGCAAUCGAAGUGAAAGAUCUCUUUGGGACGGAUUUAUUUCUUUCAGGGAUCUUUGGAUAUUGAUUUGAGUUGCAGAGGAUUGGAAACUUUUGGUUUGAGCUUCUAUUCAGCUUGGGGAAUGAUCAGGAUCUUUUAAUAAUUUAGUUGACUGAAGGCUCUGUAGGUGGAACUAUUAAUGGUUAAACCGUGAUCUGGUUUAUUCAAGAAUAUGAGAUGGUCUUAGAAUUUGAAACAGAGCGAACAUGGUUGGAGUUACUGUCAUGAUGUGAUUUUUCUAAAUGAAGACAGCUCAGGCGUGGCGGCUAGGCAUUGGGGAUUUCCAGAUCAUGCCUGCGCCGCGCCAGCGUCCUCCUUUAAAGGGGCCAGUGUGGAUUAUUGUCUUGGUUUCUUUCGUGAGCGUGCUGCUAAUUGGUGCAUACAUAUAUCCUCCCCGAAGCUCUGGAACCUGUUAUAUCUUUUCGUCAAAUGGUUGUAAGACUUUUGCCGAUUGGCUUCCACCUAUUCCUGCUAGGGAGUAUACUGAUGAUGAGAUAGCUGCUCGUGCUGUUAUUAAUGAUAUUUUGAGAGCACCACCUGUACAGUCAAAGAACCCGAAAAUUGCUUUCAUGUUCUUGACGCCUGGUACAUUACCUUUUGAAAGGCUGUGGGACAAGUUCUUCCGUGGCCAUGAAGAUAGAUUCACUGUUUAUGUACAUGCAUCUAGGGAAAAGCCAGUGCACGUGAGUCAGUAUUUUGUUGAUCGAGACAUUCGCAGUGACAAGGUUUCAUGGGGGAAAAUUUCUAUGGUCGAUGCUGAGAGGAGACUUUUGGCUAAUGCACUCCAAGACCCAGAUAACCAACAAUUUGUGUUACUUUCUGACAGUUGUGUGCCACUUCACGAUUUUGAUUACUUGUAUAAUUAUUUGAUGGAUACAAACGUAAGCUUUAUUGACUGCUUUGAGGAUCCUGGGCCCCAUGGAUCUGGCAGAUAUUCAGAGCAUAUGUUACCAGAGGUUGAGAAGAGGUAUUUUAGGAAGGGUGCACAGGUACAUCUCUGUUUAUGUAAAUGUAGUCAAGAUUCAGUUUAGGGUUCCUUCUUGCCAAAGAGUUU